AUGUUCAUCUCCGUCGGGGUGGCAUUGCUGAGCGGCCGAACGGCCCGGAUUCUCGCUGAACCUGGCUGUACGAUCCAUGAGUUCAAGAAGCUGGCUCAGAAGGAGCUGCGAGCAACAGGCAUCACUGCCUUGAUCACAUCUGCAGGUCAGCUGCUGCACGAUAGCUGCACGCUCGAAACGGCUGGAGUGGUGAAUGGCGACACCUUGAGUGCGACGGUGCAGCAAGCCACGAUAGCAUCCAGCCGGGAGUCCAGCGCGUUCGCGUGCAUCUGCGCAGAUGGUUCUGUUGUCACCUGGGGCGAUCCGGUUUGUGGAGACAGUACAUCCGUGCAGAAGCAGCUAAAAGAUGUGCGCCAUAUCCAGGCGUCCACAUAUGCUUUCGCUGCACUCCGAAGAGAGGGGAAAGUCGUCUCAUGGGGCAUCGUCUUCAAUGGUGGCGACUGCAGUGCCGUACAAGACAAGCUGCAGAAUGUGCAGCACUUGGAAUCAACUUCAUACGCUUUUGCUGCCAUCAGAGCAGAUGGCAGCGUAGUGUGCUGGGGUCUCCAUGAAUAUGGAGGUGACACCGAAAACGUAGCAUCCGAGCUGAAAGAAGUCAGAGAGAUCACGGGCUCAGCAACUGCAUUUGCAGCCAUUCGUGCGGAUGGGCAAGUGAUCACCUGGGGUGACUUGGCAUGUGGAGGUGACAGCAGUGCGGUGAAGGAGCAGCUUCGUCACGUCAAGGAAGUUCGAUGCACUGCAUUUGCCUUUGCAGCUCUUCGGGUGGAUGGCCAAGUCGUGACCUGGGGAGGCGAUUGUUGUGGAGGAGAUAGCAGCACUGUUCAGCCACGGCUUUCUUCCAUCGUUCAGCUGUCUUCGUCGGCCUGCGCUUUUGCCGCCAUUCGUGCAGAUGGGCAAGUCGUGACAUGGGGCGAACCAGAAGGAGGUGGCGACUGCAGUCUCGUGCAGGAGCAACUUCACGAUGUCCAGCAAGUCAAGUCAACCCAUCGAGCUUUUGCAGCUAUUCGUCGAGACGGAUCUGUUGUGACCUGGGGCGACCCUAACUGCGGCGGUGACAGUCGUGCUGUCCAAGACCAGCUGCAAGGAGUUCAGCACGUUGAAGGCACGCAAGCUGCGUUUGCUGCCGUCAAAGUCAACGGCCACGUGGUUACUUGGGGCGACUUUGCCUAUGGCAGUGACAGCAGCGCCGUGCAGGAACAGCUGUGCGACGUACAGCGGAUCUAUGCAUCUCAGAAGGCCUUUGCUUCGAUUCUUCUUAGUGGACAAAUUGUUACCUGGGGAGAUCCUCGAUGCGGUGGGGACAGCAGCCGGGUACAGUCGCAGCUGAUUGCAGGAUGCCUCGUGAAGGACCGCGAAUGCGAUACAAUCGAGGCUUGCGUUGGUGAAAAGCUGAGCUCUUGCAGAACCAAUGUUUUUCUGGCCCAGCCUUGUUUGUAA